AUGUCAACUGCCAAAACACAGAAUCCCGAUAUAGAUGGUGCCAAAUAUGUGAGCCCUUUUGAGCUUAAAGGUGAACCAUUAGACGGCCAUCGUCGUUUGAAAGUUCGUGUGAUUGGCGCGGGUUAUUCCGGGAUCUAUCUUGGAAUUCGAAUACCACAACGGCUCCGAAAUGUCGAGUUACAGAUUUAUGAGAAAAACGAACAAGCUGGUGGUACGUGGUGGGUCAAUAAAUACCCAGGCGUUGCUUGUGACAUCCCGGCUCACUCGUACCAGUAUACGUUUAAUCCCAAUCCGAAUUGGUCUUCAUUUUAUGCGCCCGGGAGCGAGAUAUGCGACUACCUCCAGGACACGGCAAAAACUUUCGGUGCAAUGAGGUUCAUAAAGCUCUUGCAUGAGGUGGUAUCUUGCACAUGGGACAACAAAGCAAAGAAAUGGGUUCUGAGCGUACGAAAAGUAGACUCAGGAGAGGUCUUCCAGGACGAUGCCGAUGUGUUAGUUGUGGCUCGAGGUAGCCUUAGCAAUCCAUCUUGGCCCAACAUCCCCGGGUUACGAGACUUUACAGGGAAAAUUAUGCAUUCAGCAGCCUGGAAUCAAGACUACGAUUUUAAGAAUAAGCGAAUUGGGGUUAUAGGCAAUGGAUCUAGCGCCAUACAAAUUGUGCCUAGCCUUCAGAAGGUUGAGGGAACUCAACUUUCAUGCUUUGUCAGAAGCAAAACUUGGAUCACAAAUCCCUUUGGUGAUGUUGUCAUGGAAAAGCUAGGAUUGAACCCGAAGGAAUUAGAUUUUUCACUCGAACAGCGUCAAGAGUUUGCACAGAAUCCCGAUAAACUGUUUAAGUUCCGGAAAGAGAUUGAGGUCGACGGAAACACGGUCCACGAGAUCUCAAUUCGAGACUCUGAUAUGCAACGCGGAGGCAUAGUAUUGUUCCGCGAGGCAAUGCAGAAAAGACUUUCGCUGAAGCCAGAGAUUGCAGAAUUCCUGAUUCCAUCUUUUGGCAUCGGCUGUCGACGGGCGACCCCGGGUCCGGGGUAUCUAGAAGCACUCAGUGAGAGCAGCGUAGACUUCAUCACUGACAAAAUUGCUGCCAUAACCUCAAAAGGUGUAAAACUCGAGUCUGGGCGUACGAUCUCCGUCGACGCCAUCGUCUGCGCAACGGGGUUCCAGACCUCAAAGGGGCCACCGUUUGCAAUCACGGGACAGGGUGGCCUCACGCUUGAGGAGCGCUUCACUCCAUUCCCAGAAGCCUACUUAUCACUAGCCGUGGACUCCUUCCCCAACUAUUUCAUGAUGCUCGGCCCUAACUCAGCGAUCGGAUCCGGGUCACUCACCUCCAUUCUCGAAGCUGAAGGUGACUAUAUCGUGAAAUGCAUCCGCAAGCUACAGAAAGAGGAUUACGCGACUAUGACGGUUCGGCCUGAGCGAGUGCGCGAUUGGCGCGACUACUGUCACGAAUACUUCAAAAACACCGUUUACACGGAUAACUGCAACAGCUGGUAUAAGAGCGAGGGCGGCAAUGGAGACAGGAUCAUCGGGCUCUGGCCAGGCAGCACGCUGCAUGCGAUUGAGGCACUCCGCGCUCCUCGCUGGGAAGACUAUGAGUGGGAGAGCCUUGAUGGACCGGGAGCGAACAUGCUGCGAUGGCUCGGCAAUGGAUUCAGUGUUACGCACGUCAAAACUGAUGAAGGGCAGGUCAAUGGCCAGAAAUAUCAAGGCGACCCUGCGUGGUACAUUGAGCCUAGAUUCGUAAGCGUGCCCUUGGAACGACAGCCAGAGAAAGAUGAGGAGUUCCAGAUGCGGCCGUUUUCGCAUUAA